UAUGGAAAAGUACAAAUAUCUGGAGGACCUAACUCCACCUAGUCAGCUGGUCGCAUCUCGCGACGAUAUGCAGCGGUCGUCGCAGACGUACACGACCACGCCAAGCAAGAAACGGGUGAUGUCCAAACUAGAUCAACUCCAGACGUACCUCCGUGUCCCCGUCACCGGGCGCAUCGACGAAGCCACGAUCGAAGCGAUGCGACGACCACGAUGCGGCCGAGCCGAUCCGGACAUCGCCGAGCUGAACGAAACGGAGAACGAAGGUGAAAUUGAUGUGCAGGAAGAAGAAAAUAGUGGAAGACGGAAGAAGCAGAAAAGACGGCGACAUAAACGAUAUGCACUCGCAGGCGAUAGAUGGAGUAAGAAGCAUAUUACAUACAGAAUUGAUAACUACCCGACCAGUGUUUGGAUCCCACGAAAGAAGGUCCAGGACUCUAUCUCGAGAGCGCUCCAGAUGUGGAGCGACGUCACCCCUCUCGAGUUCCGUAUGCUCGACGACUGGGACAUCGAUGACGAGGACGCCGACAUCUAUGUCUCCUUCUCCAAGUACCGCCACGGCGACCCGUAUCCAUUCGAUGGGCCGGACGGCACCAUUGCCCACGCCUAUCUGCCGAAUGGACAAUUCGGCGACCUCGACGGCGAUGUCCAUUUCGAUGACUCGGAGUACUUCUCUUAUGAUGGCGAAUCGGGCUAUAAUCUAUUUAAAGUGGCAGCCCACGAACUUGGACAUAGCCUCGGCCUUGAACAUUCGCACACCAUGGGUUCGAUCAUGGUUCCAGACUACGCGGGUUUUAAGGGCGAUGAUAACGAAUUCAAGUUGGGCGAUGACGACAUUAGGGCGAUUCAAGUACUAUACGGUGAUCCCAGUAUACCUCGUUAUAAAGGCAAUCCAAGAGCUGAGUGCAACAAGGCAUUCGACGCCACAGCGCUAAUAGAUGGGACAUUAUUUGUAUUCAGAGAUCGACGUUUCUGGCGAUUGAAGAAGAUCGGAAAAAUAAUGUCACCAAAGAAAGGAGAGAAAAUAGCGCGGAGAUUUCCCAAAAUGCCGCAUAAAAUAGACACCGUUUACCAAAGAAAAGAUGGUCAUAUUGUAGCUCUUAAAGGUCAUUUGAUGUGGAUUUAUAAGGGUAAGACAUUGUUACCCGGUUUCCCGCGCUCUGUCCGGACCCGGAACAUGCCGGGUCGCGUGGAUGCCGCUCUCCACUUCCGGGCCUACAACAAAACUUAUUUCUUCCGGGGGCCAUACGUUUGGCGCUAUGAUGAAAAGAGAGAAUACGUUGAUGGUGGAUUUCCGAGAUUGACGAAAGAUGUCUUCGCGGGGGUUCAGACGCCCGUCAAUGCAGCGUUCCAAUAUACUGAUAAAAAUCUUUAUUUCCUCCAACGUAAGAAGUACCAAAAAUACAGCACAGAACACCGAAGCGCCGAUCCCGGAUAUCCGCGGUACUUUGGCGAGGAUUUCAUCAUGUGCACAACCAAAAACUAUAAGUCUGAUAAAUCUAAACAGGCCAAAGUCAAACAAUGAUUGGUAUCGAUAUCUCAGAACGAUAAACCUUCUACACUCAUCGGUCAAUCGGGUAUUGCUUACCGGUUUAUUACACAUUGCUCGGUUCAUCUUUGAACCGAAUUAAGAGGUAAAUAAUUCUCUUCUGGUAUUGUGACCCCGAUACGAAACAGGACAGGGAAAAGUGCCCGGGUGAUGUCAAUUUUUUCAAGAUGGGAGACCCGUGUGGCCGACCCAUUGGAAUUUUAUCGUCGACUUUACAAAAUAUUAUGAAGGCUUCUGGUUUAUUUUAAGUAUUUUUUUUCUAAAGAAGCCUAUGUCAGUUUUGUACACUUGACCUCUCUCCCGAUCUAUCCAUGUCUCCGCGCUUGCCACGAGUUACUUGUUGCAUGCUGUCGAUGAUAUUGUUGGUGAGGUGUUGUUGCUGCUGUUGUUGUUAGUGUUGUUGUUAUUUUGUAAGUUCCUCUAUCUCUACUUAUGUGGGCUGUCGCUAUUGUCAGCGAAAUAAUUGCUAUGUGCCCAGGCAGAAUGCACCCGUAAGCCAGGCUCAUGUCCCCCCCCAUCAUUCAUCAUUCAACUUGAAAUCUAUAAUUUUUAUUCUGGGAAAAUAAGAAUUGUGUCUCCCGAAGCAUGUAGUCUUUUUUAAUUCAUCUCUACCAUCGAUCUUAUUUCAAUCUCGUAAAAGAAAACACCUUCAUUGUAAACAGGUAAAUCAUCGUUUUCCCUGUCCAUGAAGAAAUGUCCCUGGCCCUUCCUUUAUAUUUUUUAUCUCUUUUUCACCCCCCCCCCCUCCCGAUAAAAAGCCCACACAAAGAUGGGCUUAAUUGUAAAAUUUACUCAGGAAGAUAAAGAGCGGGGGGCAGGGGCUCAAGGGGGCCCUCAUUCAUUUGCUCGUAUAUCGUAAUAAUCAUUGAAAGCCUGUAUUGACAUGGGGGAAAGAGUCAUAGCUGUUGUGCAUUUUGAGCUACACCCCAAAUGUAUUAAUGCAUGUUCUCAUUCGUAGUGAAGCUCGAAUUAAUGCCACCCCCUCCCAGUUAACAGAGGCUUUGAUCCUGGGGGCAAGGGUGAUCGCCCCCAUGAAAAUAUUUGGGGGAUUACAAAUCGAUUUGCCACCCCCACCCAUAAUUCGGACAACUUGAAAAACUAUAAUAUGCAAUCAUGUUGAAAAAAAAAACA